CCACCAAACCUUCCACUACCGAUCCCCUCCCGAUCCCUGUUUCCCCGACCCGGAGCCCGACGGUCGGCGCAGCCUCUGCUCGCCGUCCGGCAGUCGACCGCCGCUCCCCUCCCCAGGCCUGCGCCUCCCGGCUCCCGCCGUCCGUCGAGCUGCCAACGCCACCUUGGGAGCGGUCGAGCGGGCCAGCGGCACCGCCUCUCCUCCUCCCGCCUGCUCUCCCCUCCUCUCCGACCAGGUCCAGGUUUGAUCCACCUAUUCUAACUCGGAGGAACUGCUACGCCGCCGCUUGGCCGGCCAGAUCUCCGGCAAAGCGUCGGAUCCUCCUGGUUGGAGACCGGCAAUAUGGUUUAUCACUCUAGUUUCGUUGAUGAUGAUAGCAUCACCAAAGCUUGUGGCUGUCCUUUGCUUCCACUAAAAACUCAUAUAAAGGGUCCAGCCCCCACCUCUGACCCAGAUAAAGCGGACAUAGUUGAUGAAGCCAUAACUUUCUUUCGAGCAAAUGUUUUCUUCAAAAACUUCCAUGUGAAAAGCCCAGCAGACAAGUUACUUAUCUAUCUGACAUUUUACAUCAAUAUUGCCCUGAAAAGAUUAGAAGGCUGCAGGACGAUAGCUGUUGGGACCAAGGCCAUCAUUAAUCUGGGCUUGGAGAAAGUUCCUGUGCCUGGGGAACCAGGGUUUCCUUUCCCUGGACUUUUCGCUCUUCCCGUGUCCCAGGAGGAAGCAGAACUGUUGAGGAAUUAUUUGAAGCAGAUAAGGGAGGAAACAAGUGGAAGACUGCUCAACUGUGCAUACAGAGCUAAUGGCUUUCCAAACAAAUGGUGGUUGGCAUUUGCGAAGAGGAAGUUCAUGAACAUUGUCAUCCUUUAGAAGGUUAGAGUUGUUUGUAGAAAUCCUUGUAUCUCUUAUGAUUAUGUGAAGUAUAACAAAGAGUCAUCCAACAUCUGGAGUGAGAAGCCAAAGUUCUUUAUGAAGGAUAGAUAGGAUGCCAUAAAUUAAAUUAUCUGCUGCAAAUUUGCGAUGGAUGAAGUGAAAACAUAAGCUUUCAUGUUGUCUUGCCUAUUUCCCCAAGCCCGAGCCCAAACCUGAAACUGGCCAUAUUCUCGAAUGAUGUGUUUAAUCUAAAGAUAAGAUGACAUUUCUUACAGAUGUUCUUAA